UCUUGUGAAUAUUAUGAAGAGAUUUUCCCAGAUACCUUUUGCUGAUAAAGAAAAGAGGAGGCAUGACAACAUUCAGACAAUGAAAACUAAUUAUCAAAAGGAAGGAUACAAUAUCGACGUACAAAGCCUUGCUCAGGCAUGGAAGGUCAAGAGAUCCGAGGAGAUGCAACAAGAACUAGAUAAGCUAAAGAAUGAACUUGCUAAUCUCAAACUAAAGAAAAGUUAUUGGGAGAAUCCACAAAAUGUUGAAAGCAUUGAAAAGAUAAAGGAGAUGGAAGAAAGUCUACAGAAAUCCCUUCAAAGAGUUCGUCAACGCAAGAAAGAAAUAAUCAAGCAAGGAAAGCGGGCAAAUCAGACACUAGUUGAGCCGAAUAUUGAACCCUUCGAAGAGUAUCUGCCAGAAAUGCUUAGCGGAAAUGAUGAAAUGCUUGCAUGUUCAAGUAUCGUUUCGUCUGAAAAUCAAGAAUUUAGUUCCCGAAACUAAUUCCCACAGCCUACAAGUGUGAAAAAGCACAAAGACCUUAAGCUGGAUAAAUGCUAUUUUCAAUAAUCUUUUCAUAUGCAACUGAUCAAGUUAUUUAAUUUCCGAUGAACUGCAAAAUUUUCUUUCAUGGGUUAUAGUGGAUUGGAUUGUAGAAGACAACACCAUAUAUUAAUUUAUCAUCUUUAAUAUAAGGUACUACAUUUUUGUUCUAUUUAAAAUAAUAUAAAUUGAGA